AUGUGGCAAAUCGUUUCCCCCCAAAGACAACCUUCGCUGAGGCAAGUGGCUGAAGUAAGUGAAGAAAACAAUUCUUAUUUAUUCUGUGAAACUGACAACGGCGAAAAGGACAUUGUCGCGGAAGAACUGCAGAAAUUUGAGGACGGACUGGAAAUGGAUGCUACAGCUUCCUUUUCGGAUCGACACGUUGACCAAACUUUAACAUUAAACGUGAAAUAUAGACAUAUUUCCAAUACUGUUAAAGUUGCCACUAAUCUGUCUAUAGGUGAUCUAAAAGCUACGGCAUUACAAAAAUUCCAACUGUUGCCAAUAAAUGAACCACGCACUUCAUCAUUUAAUAAUUAUCGCCUAGUUUAUUGCGGAUGUCCUCUUGAUGAAAAUGCCUUAUUACAGGAUCUGAAAUUAGAAAAUGAAAGUAAUUUGCAUGUGAUAAAAAUUGAUCCCAGAGAUACAUUCCAGUUAAGUACCCAGAGUAUCUCAAGUUUGACUCCAUCUGACUACUUCAUUUACUGCCCAAUAUGCAAGAGUAUACAAGCUUCUAAACUUCGGACGCUGUGUUUAACAUGUCAUGAAUUAAAUUCUUUCCUGAUUGAUCGAGAUAAUGAACCGAAAUGUCGUGAAGAUGUACUUGCUUGUCCUGUUGUGAAGGGUCAGUGUAGCAGUUGUCAUAGUACAAAAGCAAAAUUCAUUUUUCAUUGCAAACAAAGGCACACAUUUGCAGAUUCAGUGCCACUGAAACAUAUCCGCAACAAUGCUCGACGCAUCAGUUGCAUUACGUGUGUUGAAGUCCAUACACCUGUCAUUGUCUUCCCCUGUGAUGGACAACACACAAUGUGUUUAAACUGCUUCAAAAUUUACUGUGUCAUCUGCUUGAAUGAGCGACGCUUUCAACAGACAGAAAAAUAUGGCUACACACUUCGCUGUCCAGCUCACUGCCCAAAUUCCUAUAUUCAGGAAGUGCACCAUUUUCAUGUCCUUGGAGCUGAAGAGUAUGAACGCUUCAAGAAUUUUGGUACAGAAGAAUUUUUGUUAAAAGAAGGUGGAGUCUUAUGUCCCAAUCCAAAAUGUGGAGAAGGUUUGAUGCCUGAAACCGAUGCUAGCACAAUCAAUUGUUCUUCCUGUCAUUAUGAGUUUUGUCGUCACUGUUCCUGUGAUAGCCAUCUUGGUGAGUGUGGACAUCAACAACCCGUGGAAAGCAGUGAAUUGUCCUCAUUACCUAGCAGUAAUCUUUUAAUCAAGUGUCAGUGGGAAAAAAAGAGUUUGUCCCUCAUUGCCCAGAUUACGAAACUUUGUCCCAAGUGCAAAGUGAAAACGGAAAAGAAUGGUGGUUGCAACCAUAUGUACUGCUCCAGAUGCCAGGAAGAAUGGUGUUGGAUCUGCAUGAAAACUUGGAGUCGGACAUGCAUGGAAGACCAUUGGCUGGACUAA